UCGUCGUCGGUUUUUCAGCUACUAGAAUGGCGUUCAGUUUCGCCGCUUUUUCUUACAUCGUUGCGCUGAUCGGCGACGUGUUUUUAAUAUUUUUUGCGAUAUUUCACGUGAUCACAUUCGAUGAGCUGAAAACCGGAUACAAGAAUCCAAUCGAUCAGUGUAACAACUUGAAUCCGCUGGUGUUACCAGAGUACAUACUGCACAUCGUGAUCAACGUUUUGUUUCUAUUCAGCGAGCAGUACUUCUCGCUGUUCAUCAACAUUCCGUUGAUAGCUUAUCAUGUGUGGAGAUACAUGCACAGGCCUCUGAUGACAGAAUCGGGCCUUUACGAUCCGACAAGUAUAAUGAACGCUUACGAUCUGUCCAUGUAUCAAAGAGAAGGAUGGAUUAAGUUAGCGUUUUAUCUCCUUACCUUUUUCUACUAUUUAUACGGAAUGAUCAGGUCACUGAUCCAUUAGAACAGAAACGCUCCCGAAGUCUGCGGAAUGAAUCCCAAGGUUUGAAGAGUGUUCUAGUGUUUGUUUUUUCUCUUUUUUUUUUUUUUUCCCCUAUAACUGUGCGCCCUCAAUUUAGUGCGCGCGUAAGUCGCGGCAACAAUUUAUUGCUACGAGAAACAAGCAACGACAGUUCAAACUAACUUGUAAUGUAUCGUGUGGUGAGGAAAUCCUUUAAAUGGUAUCAAGGUAUGCAGCUGCACGACGAGAUACAUCCAGAUAUUUGUCACACAUAAGGAUAUACAAAUAACAUAUUAUUUAUAAGACUAAAAAUAAAAGUUGAAGGUGGUUUGCUCCGUUUUUUUCACAAAAACAUUUAUUGUUACUUUUUGUCGGACGAAUGCGCAAAACAAGCAUAUCUUGGAAACGCAAUAUAAAUUGCUUUCUUUAAUAGAAGAAAAAAAAAAAAAUUUAUAGAAUCUGUAAUUUUUAAAAGAUAAGUUCAAAUGUAGGAGUUCCAUUAAAUGUGUCGUUUUGAUAUGUU